UUCUCUCCGCCUCCAAACACUCUUUGUCCCUUUUAUGCAAAUCGUCAUCGGUAUCCGGAAACUAGCAACCCCGUGACGUGAGGGCAGAGCUAGCAUCGGAAUGAGUAAAGUGCUGUCCUCGAUUUGGACCUGAAACUUGCUCCGCGGCUCCUGUCAGCGGACAGUUUCGCCCUGCUGCGCACCGACAUGGGGUCACCGGGGUCGAAGGCUGUCGGGGGACGGACGUCCACAGCGGGCUGAAGCCUCUAACGGGACCAACGGGAUGCGCUCGGCUAGUCUCCCCGGAGCCCGCGGUCGGGUCGAUGUGGCGCAGGAGCUAGCAGGCUAGUCCCCGGGCUGUGAUUCACGAGGUCGGGCUGGACACGGGACGUGAUGGCGCGGUUGGUGUUGGAGCAACUGUCCGAUUUCGGGGACUUUACCGGCGGUAAAGAGCUCAUGAGACGGACUAGUCCCGAGAACACAAACAGCCUGUCGCAAGUCCGCCUGAGCCCAGAGGGACGCCAUGUCCAUGUCAUCCUCCGCGAGCCUCAGGUCGGUCUCGUGACUCUGGACAAGUUCGAAAGACCCGAUCUGGUCCAGAACCAGAAGAAGCUGGAUUUGCGGUCGACACGAGCCGUGCCCAUCGUGGACGUGUUGUAUCUGGACCACCGUGACAGCAGCAGAGACACGGCGGCCGUGGCGGUGGUUUAUGAGAAUGGAAAAGCGGAGUUUUGGAAAUUCCAGGAGUGCAAAGCAGGCUGGCACCUCCUGCAGACAUCCGAUCUGUGCAACAGCCCCCGAGCCAGAGUGGUGUCCGUCUGCGCCUGGUCCAACCUCCUCAUCUGGUGCGAGGAGAGGCCGCCCUCAGAGAGCACCACUGCCCUCAGCUCCACACGGAAUAAGUUGAGGUACUGUGUCUGCAGACGUGACUUCGAGGUGUCUGAGGGGACCGUGGCCUUGGGAGGGGUGAAAAUCGCCCUCCACAACAAUCCUAGAUUCACCGUGGUCGGCUCGGGUGAAUUUGUACAUCUUCUUCCUGAUUUGAAAGGGAAGCCGCCGAUGCCCGUCUCCAAAUGUUUUCUCUCCUGGUCCCCUCUCCACGAUUCCUUCACAGUCGGCACCACGUGCAAAAGCACCCCCCUCAAAAAGCUUUCGGCUCAAGAGUCUGACUUGAAGCGGUUGCUGACGGACUGUUUGGGAUAUUUAUCGACUCUCGAACCACCUGAGAUCCACGACUUCUCUCCCGCGGCCUGCGGAGGCCUGCUGCUGCUGCUCAGCACCGGCUGGGUGUGUCUUCUGCAGAAAGAUGGGAUGCUGCGGCGGGUGUUCAAGCUGGAAGACAACUGCCUGGUCCCGCGUGGGACUCACACGAGCCUCUGCAUGUACCAGGACGUCAUCGCGGUGCUGAUCGGCCAAAACCUGCAUCUGAUAGACGUGAACUGCGGCAGAGAGCUGGAAAAGAUCACGCUGCAGAGCGAGGGGGUGUUGUAUGUAAAUUGUGCUGAAAGAUGUGCACCUCACCUGCUCUUGGAAACCGGUCUUUUUGUGGUGGUGAGCAGGGAGACGGACUCCGGAGAUUGCGGCUCGAAGCGGAAGCCGCCGGGUCUCAGAGCGGCGGAGAGUGUUCACCCAGAAGCCCUCCUGGUCGAGGCCGUCUUUGAGGAGGCCUGUAAAUACUACCAGCAGAGGAGCCUGAGCAGCACCCAGCUCACCGUGGACACGCUGAAGAAAGGAGGGAGGUUCCAGGCGCCCAUCUCUUUAGCGGCCAUCCUCGGGAGCUACCUCAGCGCCGGGCCGAAAGGAACCGAGUCGUCCCGGAACGGAGGAGACGGAUGCACGGCGGCACAAGACCAGCUCGUGGUCUCUCUGGAGCCUGAGCUCAAGGCUCUGGUCUCUCUGGAGGAGGUGAAGGGGAGUUUAGUGAGGGGGAACACCAAAGAGGUGGAGGCCGUGUGCGAGAGUCUCGUCGAGAAAGAAGUUUCCCGGCUGCUCUCGGCCUCCGAGCUGGACGGAGAGGCGCUGCGUUACCUCAACUCCCUGUUCAGCGUGUUCCCCUGCCAGCUGUGGCGGGCGGCGCAGGCCGCCCUGCAGCUGCAGCACAACGGGGACGGCUCUCUGUCCAGCAGGGCGCCCCCAGAUGUGUGGAAAGCUGUCCUCGGUCCCGCGACGACACCCAGCACCCCGACCGGCCUCCCUUUGACAGACGGCGGGCUGAAACACAGCAGCGGCCUCAAAGGGGACCCCAGUGCCGCCGCUCGGCCCGCGCGGCCCUCUCCGCCAGCGGCGCUGCCCGUGUUCGAGCUCCUCUGCCACUCGGUGUUCUCCUUCCAGCCCAGCUGGUUGCCCAGGUUCCUGGAGCUCGCCCAGCGGCAGCAGGGCUCUGCCGGCCUGGGCCUCAGCCUGGCUUCUUCCUCCUGGGGCUUCUCCGGGGGGACGGGCGGGGAGAACAGCGCGCCGCUCUACAAGCGAGCCCUGUGCGUCCUGUCCGGCCUGACCCCCGACGGAGGCGGACGCCAGGACUUGGAGGUGGAGCUGCUGCUGGUCAGUGGGCGGCCCAAUGCCAUCCUGCAGGCGCUAAGGAUCCUCAUGGCCAAGCAGCGGUGGGAGCGGGUCACCCAGGUGGCCCGGGAGUUCUGCAAACAGAGUCCGCUGCUCAACAAGGAGAUCUUCACCACCCUGCUGUACGAGGUGGUUCAGCACAGAGAACUGGACCCCUACCUGGACCUGCUGUGGGCCCUGUGCCCAGAGGACCUCACGGUCACCACCGUUCUCAACUUGGUGCUGAAGAACCUCCCUUCCCCGAACACCACCCCCCCCAUCUCCUCCUCCUCCUCCUCCUCCUUCUCCUUCUCCAUGUCCACUAAAGCCUCCGCGUGCCCUGCUCCCUUUGCAGACGCCCACAGCAGCCAGUUGACCAUCGGGCUGCUGAAGCCUCUGCUGAGGAAAGUCCUUCAGAGGGAGACCAAGCCAAGCCAGCGCUACGCAGACAUCCUCCAGUCUCCGUCGCUCCCCCCCCCUGCACCUCCUCGCCCGCCCGCCGAGCGGCCCAGGUCGCUCUCGGGGCCGAGCACGGGCUCCUCCCUCGGCAACAACGUGGCCCCGGCUUCUCUCGCGGAAACUCCCGACCGGCUGUCGUCCCCACACACGGCGGUCCCGAGAGCCGGGGGGGCCCGACCCGCCGACCCGGUCUCAUUUCCGUAGACGUGAACACGCGACAUGAAAAAAACCAAACCUCCCUCGUACAACAUUCCACACAUAACCCGACCGAGCUUUGAUGCAGCGUGUCACUGAUGAAGGUGUUAUCAAUGUGAUGCAGUUAAUUGUGAUAUUUGAUGGUGUUUUUAAGAACAUUUGGUAAUGUCAGAUAAAGUGUGACUACUAAAAACUAUGAAAUGACUACUGAAGAUCUGACAAGUGUAAAUAGUGCAGAUAAUUUGAAAUCUAUAUAUAUAUACACUAUCUGCAAUGUUAUUUAUCUCUUAAGCCUUAACUGCACGUGUAUAAUAAUGCUUUUGCAUAGUCUUUAUCAAAACGCCAUUAAUAAAGUAUAAUAUAUUGUGUUCAUCUGCUCGGUCUUAAACGAAGCCACUAACUCCCGUUUUGGCUUAAAGUAGCGCGUGUGUGUGCUAACUGUAGCCACGUGUGGCUGCCUUGAGUUGCUGAUGUCCAAGUGGCGUCAUGCAGUCGGGAAUUACCGAGACAAGCCGGCCUUUGUGUUCGAAUGUUUGCUUUGAGUGUGUAAUAGUUUAGAAGAGGAGGCGGGUCGGGAGGUCCAAGGUUCCUUUAUUGAUAUGUUAACAUAUCAUAAGUGCUUAAACAUUAACCUGGUUUCGAUGGGCUCAACCAGACCAUGUGACCUCUAACCCUCACAGCGUGUCUGCCUUCCUGGCAUCGCUCCCUCGAAGCCUCACGGGACAUUCCAGACACGAUACCCAGUGAAAGUGACUCACAGUUUGACUUUAAAUUAAAUGAUGGAGGUAAUUCAGUUAGUAUUCAAGUGUGGGUUUGGUCUGUCUAGCAGAGACGUGCUGCUUGCGUAAGGUCACGCAGGUCCUGCUUCAUGGACCCGGGGGAUGCUGUGAGAGAUGUCGGGUCCUGUUAGUUUCCUCCAUGCUCUGGAACCGAUUGCACUGUAACACCCUCGUCAGUAUUGUGUGUCCAAUGCAUCUGUUCAAAUGAAUGUUGUCCGGUUAAGUGCUGUUAACAAAAGUAUAUUUAAGUGCCUAUAGUAUUUGAUGCCUUAUUCAUGUUUGUGCAGUCUAUAUAUUGUCUUCUAAUCAAUGGAAGCCAAGAACAAAAUGUUGUUUAUUUUGUCCCACUCGUUUGAAGACUACUAAAACAACCCUUUGGGUGAGACGUCUCAAAACUGUUGGAUGACAAUCGGACUCCAAAAUGCUGCAGAACAAUCAGUCCAGAGUGCCUUUUAUUUACAGCGGAGCGUCACAUUCCUGCUGAGUCUCGCCUCCUGGAGAAAGAACUGGAGGCGGAUCAGGGGAACAACUCUCAGCCUCUCCAGUCUAAAGCUUUUAUUUUGAAGGACAUUUUGAUUUCAAUAUGAAACCUGCUGAUUUCUUCCUCUGGUCUCAUUUCAGUAAUGAUGUCAUUCCAAGCGUUGUGCACUUAAACCAGCUCAACCAAAUCUGUAGGACUGAGUGCAGAUCAGUGCCGUGGGUCAGAACCGGGCUCGUCCUGAUGACGGCUCGCAGGUUAAAUGUGUAUUUACCACAAACUGAUUUCUGUCACGCCUCCAUUCUUACUUUGUUUACUGUUAAUGAUGCUCUCCUAUAAGUGUUUUUUGGAAAAACAAGUAUUCAAGUAUUUAUGAACAGAUGCUGUCAGCUAUUAAACUGUCGAUAAAACGAAUGUUUGCUGUCCGGAGUUUUUCAUAUCGAGUUGCUACUGCAAUAAAUGUGAAGCUUGUUAAACUCA